AUGGAUGAUGAAAUUUCAGCCCAACUCUUUGAAUUAAUAAAAGAAGAUCAAGUAGAUGGAGUAGCAGAAAUCAUAGAAUCAAAUAUUGAUCCAAAUGAAAGCUUUAAUUCUAUUCCUGAAGGAAAUUUAUGCUUUGGAAUAUUACCAAUUCCAUUUCUUAAUGUUGCAUGUUCCUAUGGUGCUGUCAAUACAGUAAAUUAUCUUAUUGAAAUUGGUGCAAGUCCAGAUAUGGUUGAUGGAAAUGGAAAUACAGCCUUUAUUGCUGCUGCAAGUUCAGGAAAUACCGAUAUAGGCAAUAUUUUAUUAUCUAACGGAUCUUCAUUAGAUGAAAAAAACUUAAAUAAUGUUACUGCACUUCAUAUUGCUGCUCAAUACGGAAAUACACAAUUUUGCGAUAGCAUAUUGCAAUGUGCAGGAAUUGAAGCAAUAAAUUUACUAAAUUUCAAGGAUUCAGAAUAUCAAACUCCAAUAUUUUACUCUGCAUACAAAAAUCAACUUGAAACAACAGAAUAUCUUUGUUCUGUAGGAGCGGAUUGUCGAACACUCGACAUUAAUGGCAAUUCUGUUAUUCAUGUCGCUAUUCAAAACGGAGCCAUCGAAAUUGCAAUGAAACUACUGCAAAACACCCAAUUCCCUAUUAAUAUAAUCAAUCACAAGAAGAUGACAGUCCUUCUUGAAGCAGCUCUCACUGGAAAUUUGGAAUUAUUUACUUUAAUAGUCAGUAAAGGCGCGAAUCCCUUUGUCCUUGAUAUACAUAAUGACAAUAUAGUGAUUCUUGCAGCGAUAUCUGGCAAUUACUUCCUUCUAGACUAUAUUCUGGUGCAGGGAGGUUUCAAUCUCGACCACCAGAACGAUUAUGGCUAUACUGCCUUGCACUAUGCAGCUGCAUAUGGACCUCUCAAUAAUGUUAAGAGGCUGAUAGCCGCUGGUUGUCAUUCAAUUAAUAAUAAUAAUUCUGGAUGGUGUCCGAUUCACUUAGCCAUCAAACAUCAGCAUGCUGACAUUGUGGAAUACAUGUUGCAUCUCCCAGAUUUAAAUCCUACGCUAACGGCUCCCGGAUUUUUGACUUCAUUGCAUCUUGCAGCAAGAAUUCCUAACUAUAAUAUACUAAAUAUGAUUCUUCAGACCAAUAACUAUGACACCAAUAUUCCAGAUUCGAUUGGAUGGUCUGCUUUGCAUUAUGCAGCUUCAAAAGGUUCUUUAAAGAUGAUUCAACUGCUUCUUGGAGCAAAAGGUGAUCCUCAUAGUCCUGAUAAUGAAGGAAGAACUGUUUAUGAUAUUCUUCGCGCAAGAGGUUCAACAAAAAUUUUGAAUUUUGUUUUGAAAAAUUAUCCUGAAAAUUAA